AACACUAUCCCCUUUCUUGCAACACGUCUCCGAGAUGUACCUCAAGACCCUUCUCGUCGCCGCCAUCGCCGGUCUCGCCAUCGCCUCCCCGAUGCCCCAGAGGGGCAGAAAGACGCAGGCCGAGCGCGUCGAGACCAACAGGCAGCUCGGGCUCACCUGCAACGACAGCGGCCUCGGCGACGGUAGGGUCAUUUGCAUAGACGCCCAGGGCAGCAGCUGCGUCAUCAACAAGGCCGGCGGCGGCACCUGUCAGUUCUAGACGAUACGGACGGAGGAGAGAGGCGAGGCCGGACGGGCCCUUGUAGUGUUAGUCGAGGAAAAAAUGAUACCCUUUGUCCACG